UAUUUUGAUACUGGAAUAAAAUCAUGGAAGCCUUUUGCGUCCAUGGAAAGAUUAGCUGAUGUCGCUGAAUUCACUUGUGCAGAAGUUGUGGGUAAUUAUUUGUAUGUAGCUACUCAAAAGAAGGGCUCUUCUGUAAUUUGUCGGCGUUAUGACGCGGUUAGUAAUGCAUGGGAAAAACUUCCUCCUUUUUCAGGCAGCGACUCACCGGGACCGAUACGCUGUUUGUGUUCUUUCAAUGAACAUGUAUACGCAUUUAGUGACUCAGAUCUGGCUCAGAGAUAUAGUUUGCCUCAGAAUCAUUGGCAAGGUGAUUUCAAAUUGCCUUCCUUGAAGGAAAGAGGUGAUCCAAAACGUUUAAUAUUUGCGACGGUAGUGAGUAUGAAAUCUAAAAUAUAUGUACUUCGUGGAUAUUACAGAGAAAAGGAUGACCGCACGCGUAAAGCAAAACCGGCCGUGAUUCACUGUUUUGACCCACAGAAAAAUGAAUGGAAGAAGAGGGCUUCAACUUUAUACCCUCACUUUGAAUCCACUCUAUUUGUAGAAAAUAACAAGCUUUAUGUGGCCGGUGGAAGAGUUUCUGUUGUUUCAUUGUAUGAUUCCUAUUGGUUUCUGAGAGCUGAUGGUAACCAUGCACCUGUCGAAGUUUAUAACGAGAAAAGGAACUCGUGGCACGUUGUUGAACAAAACCACAUUCCUUCAAACAAGCUUGGUGCAGUGGAACUGUUGGGAGGGAAGGUUUAUUUCAUCCUUAACAAAUUUCCAAUUGACAGUGGCAUUAAAAUUCCACCAAAUGAAGCGUGCACGAUAUCUUUGCAAGAGUGGGAACAUCUAGGAGCCAUUGACAAUGCGGCAGUCUUGUGUUAUCUCUCAGUGAAGAACGAGAUAUUAAACACCUUGUAG